UGACAUUCAUGUCAUCAGAGAAGGGGAUUUGAGAUGAUUCAAAUUUCAAGGACACCAGACUUCUCGAACUUUGGAAUGUUGAAUUCAACUUCGCAUAGUUCUCUUGACCAAGAUCUAAGUUGUGUGACAACAGGCAGAAGACAAAGGUCCCAGUCUUACUACAACCCAGAUGACAGUAAGAACCAUGGUUUGCAUGCACAGACAGAGGAAAACAUCGUAAGACCACGCUCCAGGUCGUUUUACAGUUAUGACACAUCAGAGCUGUUCUCAGACCACAAGACAGGACACUCUUCAAGAUCCAGUCCAUUAAGGGGCAACUUGGACUCACAGUUCAAUAAUAAAGUUUCCAGACAAGAGAAUGGAAACCAGGAUGUGUCUGGUGCUCAAGUCAGCCCAAAGAAGUUUAAGUUGAAAUCAAGAAAGCAUUCACUUGCAAGAUCGCUCAAUGGCAGCAGAAGCAAUAUCAAGUCUGUGUCCAUGAUGACCAUCUCUGAGUCAGACAACUGGGAGAUAUGCUCCAGUUCUGGGAUGAAGUAUGGACAGUUUGUGGACUGGGAGAAGAUUGAUCCUGAAGCAGCUAAACGAUAUCUUCAGAUCUUGAAGAGUGACCAUCAGCAACUGAAAACUAUGGGCAGAGAGGGAUUUUGGGCCAUGCCACACACUCUAAGAGCCAAAGCGUAUUAUCACAUUAUCCACAGCAUAAAUUCUAGGGCUGCUGGUCCAGACAGAUAUGUCUUCUGUGAGCUUGCCAAAAAGCUUUUUGGAGAACAGAAAAUCAGCACCCAUCCAGUCCCAGAGUACAUGGAGGCUGGAGAAAUACCAAGGUAUUGUCUCAACAAAGCAGGCCUGAACUCUGUUAAGAAGGUCCUACUGUGCCUUGGUGAAUGCUUUCCAGAUAUGAGCUUCUGUCCCAUCCUUCCUGCCUUGGUCGCUCUUAUUCUCCACUUCAGUGAGGACGAGGCUGAAUGUUUCUACAGUGUUUCCCGACUUAUCUGCUACAAAGAUGAUAAUAAGCGUUAUAUUGACCAGACUUUUCUCACUUACCGUGCCUCCUGUAUGACAUUUGGAGACCUUGCCAACAGAUGUUGCCGAGGCAUUCGUAAGAUGAUUGCCAGCACUCACCAGAACCUUUUUGAAUUUUACUCUGACUGGAUAAUGUGGAUUUUUGCUGACCUUCCAUUCACAUAUGCCAUUAGAGUUUUGGAUGUCUACCUUCUUGAGGGCUACAAGGUUCUCUACAGGGUGGCACUGGCUUUACUUGAUCUCUACAAAGUCUCGGUGUCCUCUCGAGUGGCAGAUGUGGAGGACUUCAGGGAAGACAUGAAAAGUUUUGUGCAAAAUGUACAUCGUCACUGCGCAGUCGAAAAGCUUCUGGAAAGAGCCUUCAAGAUUCCGAUUGCCACGCGGACAGAGCUUAACCUUCUGUUCAAUGCCAAUAAGGACUCUCUAAUACAAAAAGGUGUCAGCAAAUCCCAGAAAAGGCAAGCUGUGGUAGCAGUUGACUUCAACAACCUAAGCUCCAGCGUUGUGACAGAAACUGAGAUGAGAGUUGUAUGGUCCUGGAUCCCUGAGCGCUUUGCUCUGUUCAGUCCCAUCAGGUUAUUCAGUAAAGCUGAACACAAAGGAGGCCUUGCUUCAUUUUAUUCACACAUGGAAGGACAUGAGCCUGCGGUACUUAUUAUCAAAACAAUGGAUGAAGAGGUAUUUGGAGCUUUUCUGUCAACAGAUGUGAUAGAAAGAAAAAAUCACGACUCUCAGCAACUUAGUUAUUUUGGAACUGGGGAGUGCUUCGUUUUCAUGCUCCGUCCAAGGAUGGAACGCUUCCAGCGGGCAAUGAUCAGCAUUCUGACCCGAAGAGCUUCUCCUCAGCAGGUUGGGCCCUGUAUCAGUGACCCUCCUCAGGUCUCAAGUAGUGGCAACUGUCUAAUUGCUGCCUCAGCUCCUCUGAUGGGUCUGACUGGGAUCCCGCAGAAUCCCAGCUACCUCACCAUCCCCUUCACCACACCAUCAGCAGAUCCCGUCAGUGCCAAAGUACCAAAGAGACCAAAGGAGCAAGAGGCCUCAAAGUUCAUAGCAGGCAAUGACAAACAUCUGAUAAUCGGUGGGGAUGGGGGUCAUGCUCUCUGCUUGCAGGAAGACUUGGAGGGAGGAUACACAGAACCUUGUGACACAUUCAGAAGCAGCCCUUUGUGCAAGGGGCAUUUCCAGAUCCAAUCUCUGGAAGUAUGGGGAAUCCAGAACUCUAUUUACAUUUCUGAGUGUUUCCCCUCUGAAUAGAAUGACAAGAAUUCUGUAGGCGACUGGGACACUUUAAAAAACAUUUAAAUUAUUGAAGUGAACAUGAUUUGUAUCUGCUGCAGAUAUUUCUUACCGUUUGAGAUGUAAAUUCUUAUUAAAUCAUUUUGUGUACACUGUAGUUUUGAAAGAGCAAAAUUGAAUAAUGACUCUUCAUUAUAUGGUAUAACUGUAACCAUGCAAAUAUGAAGGAAGCAAAAAGAGACACAAAAAUGUCUUGUUUUUUCAUAUUCUAUUUAGAACUGUUUUUUUAUUGAUCCAAAAAUACUUACUUUUCACAAAACUCUGGAUUCCAAAUUCAAAAUAUGUACAUUGUUAGACAAUCAAUGUGAGGUUUGAUUUGUCAAGAUGUUUUUUUAAACUAAUUUUGAUUACCAUGUGUUGUGUAGUAAUAAAGUAUGUGGGAUUAUGAAUACAAAACUGUAUUGCAAAACAAUUUCUAAUGUGGUUUUUUAAGAGUUGCCCCUUUUUUUUAACCCAAAACAGCAAUCCAUACAUUGUAGAAUAUUCGCAAAGUUGUAAUUUAUUUGAAUUUGAAAAAUAAAUCUGGUACUA